CUCAAACCUCUCUAGGGCUUUUAACUGUUUUAGGCAAUACACUUCUGGGUUUUUGGUUUGUUUCUCAAGGAAAAAUUUCAACUUUGUUUCUUUUCUUUCCGAUGAUAUAAAGAUAUGUUAUCAAUCUUAAUCUGAUUCUUCUCAUUGCGGGCUGAUUCAAGGGUCGCUUAUAGGGGUCUUUGUCUCUUCAAAAUUUCAUUCUUUUAAUAUCACUACGGUACGAAGGUUGUUGUAAUGGCGAGUAGGAAGCUGAUUCGAGAUUUACUGAUCACAAAGCAGCCUAUUUUUCAGCAAUUGGUGCACCAACGGAGAGUGGGCGCAAGACUAGGGCUUCUUCAGGGAAAUGGGUAUGCGAGUCAUCGCCUGUUUAGUGUUUUCAGUGAGUUCUCUAAGAAGAUUAGAGGGGAAGCUGAUAGCAAUCCUGAAUUUCAAAAAACAGUGAAGGAGCUGAAGGAAAGAGCGCAAGAGUUGAAAAGUGUAAAAGAGGACCUGAAAGUUAGAACCAAACAAACGACUGAGCAGCUGUAUAAGCAAGUUGAUGGAGUCUGGACGGAGGCUGAAUCUGUAGCCAAAAAGGUCUCUUCAAGUGUAAAAGACAAGCUUUCAGCAGCCACGGAAGAGGUCAAGGAGUCAUUCAAGCUUGGAAAGGAGGAGAAUGCAGAGUCUGCAAGUUCAUCAGGCACAGGAACCACUGAAGGUGAAAAACAGCAGCAAUCAGGUACGACGGAGGAGCAACAUACAUUUUUUGGAAAAUUUAAAUCCAGCAUUUCUUCCCCAAUGCUAUCUGAGGCGCUUCACAAGCUGAAGGAAGCCAAACCCCUUGACUUUGCAAAGAAGGGGCUUGACAUUGUAAAGGAUGAAUUGCAUGGAAACCCAUCGAAAAGGAAGCACCUGGAAUAUACCCCUCCGGCGCCAUUUACAGGUGAGAGAAGUACGAGAACAGAGAUGGUGAUUACCUCAACAAAACAGUCCAAGUGGCAGAAAAAAUGGGAAUCGUUAAGACAAAAGAUGCAAGGUUAUCCUGUAUUUAAACGUCUUAGUGGGAUGAGUGAGCCUGUCGUCAACAAGAGCCAAGAGAUUGCAGAAGAUGUGAUGGAAAGAUGGGAAACCAGUGAUAAUCCAAUUGUUCACAAGAUUCAGGACAUAAAUGAGAAGAUCUUUGAAGAAACAGGUUCUGCAGCAACUUACAAAGAGAUACGCCGUCGAGAUCCAUCAUUCUCCUUGCCGGACUUUGCUGCAGAGGUUCAGGAAGCCAUAAGACCAGUCUUGCAUGCAUAUAGUAAGGGAGAUACUGAGACCUUGAAGAAGUAUUGCAGCAACGAAUUGAUUGAACGGUGCACGGCAGAGCACAGAGCUUUCCAGAGUCAUGGUUAUUUUUUCGAUCACAAGCUUCUGCAUAUAUCUGAAGUUGAAAUUCAAGAGACAAAGAUGAUGGGAACUUAUCCAGUAAUCCUCGUCAGGUUCCAAACGCAAGAAAUCUACUGCGUUCGCGACAAGAAUGGAAAAAUCAAAGAAGGAGGCCAGGACACGAUACACAUGGUGUUCUACGACUGGGCAAUGAAACAAGUGGAGGCAUCAGAGUUGGGGGAAGAAGCGAUUUAUCCCAUUUGGAGGCUGAGCGAGAUGAGGAGAGCGGGUAUUCAAGCUCUAAUUUAAAUCUUCACCAUCUUUUUAACUUAUAAGAAGCUAAAGCCUCUCUUUUUGCAAUGUACCCUCAUUUACUCAAAUCUUGUCUACUCUUUGAAAUUUUUUUUUUAAUUUUUUUUUUCUUCUUCUCACGGGAAGGAGUGGCUUCCCAUGUUUCCGGGGAAUAAGUUUUGACAAAAUAUAUAAAUAGAGAUCCCAAGUCAUUUUCAAGUUUAACGAA